UACGUUCAAUUGAGUCUACAACAAUGCCUGCUUCUCCGCAAAAGCGAGCUGCGUCUCCCCGAAGGAGCCCGAAGAAGUCUCCCCGCAAAAGCCCAAAGAAGUCUCCGAGGAAGAGGUCAGCCUCUCCUCGUCGUCGUCGUAGGAGCAAUGCUCGUGCUGCCACCCAUCCUCCCGUCCUCGAGAUGAUACGGGCAGCCAUCACCGCCAUGAAGGAGCGCAGGGGGUCAUCCGUCUCCAAAAUCAAGAGUUACAUCGCCGCCAACUACCGCGUCAACAUGGCCAAUCUUCAGCCCCACAUCCGCCGUGCUCUCAGAAGCGGCGUUACCAGCGGUGCCCUGAAGCAAGUCACUGGCACUGGAGCUACAGGAAGGUUCCGCGUAGGAGUCGUGCCUAGACCCAAGAAGGCCAGGAAGACAUCUGCUGCUGCCGCUGCCAAGAAGCAGAGGGCUCGCGCCAGGGCCGUUGCCAAGCGAGCCAAGGCAGCCGCCAGGAGGAAGGCUGCUGCUGCCAAGAAGAAGGCCACUGCUGCGAAGAGGAAGGCUGCCAGGAAGGCCAAGAAAGUAAGGAGGCCAAAGAAGGCAGCUCCUAAGCGAAGGCCAGCUGCCAAGAAAGCCGCCAAGAAAUCAACAAAGAAGUCUCCCAAGAAGGCGAAGAAGGCAGUAAAGCGCAGGCCAGCUGCUAAGAAGACGAGACGCUCUCCCAGGAAGAGUGCAAAGGCACGGCGCCGAUCCCCAAGGAAGGCCAAGAAGUAAACUUCUUCUGACCUCAUCUUGACAAAUCUUUGUCUUGACAAACCCAACGGCUCUUCUAAGAGCCACCCACAACUCCAAGAAAGAAUCAAUUGUGAAACUUUUUUUUCUCUCUCAAAAGUUUUAAAAUAAAGAA